AUGGGAAGAAAAAAAUUUAAUAUGGACCCAAAAAAGGGUAUCCAAUUCCUUAUAGAAAAUGACUUAUUACAGAACACACCAGAAGACAUAGCACAAUUCCUUUACAAAGGAGAAGGCCUGAAUAAAACUGUCAUUGGUGAUUACUUGGGAGAAAGGGAUGAUUUUAAUAUCCUCGUUCUCCAAGCAUUCGUUGAACUCCAUGAGUUUGCAGAUCUGAAUCUUGUCCAAGCACUAAGACAAUUUUUGUGGAGUUUCCGGUUGCCUGGAGAGGCCCAGAAGAUUGACCGCAUGAUGGAAGCUUUUGCUGCACGUUACUGUCUGUGUAAUCCUGGGGUGUUUCAGUCCACAGAUACAUGCUACGUCCUGUCUUUUGCCAUCAUCAUGCUGAACACCAGUUUACACAAUCCCAAUGUAAGGGACAAACCAUCAGUCGAGCGCUUUAUAUCUAUGAAUCGCGGAAUUAAUGAAGGUGGAGAUCUUCCGGAAGAAUUAUUAAGGAAUUUGUAUGAAAGUAUUAAGAAUGAACCCUUUAAAAUCCCAGAAGAUGAUGGGAAUGACUUGACGCACACAUUCUUCAACCCUGAUCGAGAGGGCUGGCUCCUAAAAUUAGGUCAGUUGAAUGAUUUUUCUGUUGUAUAUUAG